AAAAAAUGCUUCACAACUUUGGAUGUGUUUUUGAGUAAGGUGGUUGAAGAACACAAGGCCAAGAUGAGAGCUGGUGGUGAAUCUGAUGAAUCUAAAAAGGAUUUUGUGGGUAUUAUGUUGCAGUUGAUGCAGAGUGAAAUGGUGGACUAUCAUUUCUCUUCAGAAAAUCUCAAAGGAAUCGUAUUGGACAUGUUCGUAGCUGGAACUGACACAACUGCGACAGGUUUGGAAUGGACGAUGACAGAGCUGAUGAGAAACUCAUCCGUCAUGAAAAAAGUCCAAGAAGAGGUUAGAAAAACAGUUGGAAACAAGGCGAAGAUUGAAAUGGAAGACAUUCGAAAGAUGCAAUACAUGAACUGUGUGAUAAAAGAAUCUCUGAGACUCCAUCCACCACUUCCUCUCCUGGUUCCACGAGAGGCUAUAGGAGAUGUGGAGAUUGAAGGCUACUACAUUCCAUCAAAAACGAGAGUUUUUGUGAAUGCUUGGAAAAUACACAGAGAUCCCAACAUCUGGGAGAGGCCAAACGAGUUCAUUCCGGAGAGAUUCAUGACGAAUUCAAUUGAUUACAAAGGUCAAGACUUUGAAUUUAUUCCAUUCGGGAGUGGGAGAAGAAUAUGCCCUGGAAUGUCAUUUGGGAUUGCUUCCUUUGAAUAUGCAUUGGCAAAUCUUCUAUACUGGUUCGAUUGGAAGCUCCCUAAUGGCUGUGAAUUGGACGUUGAAGAAGAAAAUGGGCUCACUGUUGGCAAGAAAAUUCCUCUCCAAUUGAACCCAAUAUCUCGUACAUUUGAUUAAAAUAAAGUAGAUUCUCUCAUGUGGGAGCACUUUAUUAUAAAAUAAUGUUAUUUUGUGUCAUGCAUCAUGUGGUUUCUUUUCAGCAGGUUCUGUCUGUCAGCUUUAGUUUCUAUAAUAAGCUUAAAUGUACUGUCUCUGUCUCCUUCUUCACUCUA